UCAUGAUAACUUGAUACCGCAAUCUCUUGGCAACUUCCCAACGCCCUUAGGAAACAUACCCUAAUCUCACAAAGAAGGUUUGAGGUUUUUAUUUUUAUUUUUUUUCAAUUUGUAAAGAGAAGUAGGGGAAGAUAAAACUGGAGAGAGAGCUGGGGAGGCCACAUCUUGUUGCUCUGAAGCACAUCUCAGCUACCUGCAGUAACCAGCAUGGCUUUGGGACUGCUUUCUCUCCUCUGGCUUAUUGUUCAACCUCAAGCAAUAGCCAUGAAGGAAAUGCCGGAAUCUGAGACCUAUGAAGUAGUUCUUCCUAAAAAACUACACAUUUUACACAAAAGGGAGACACAGAACAACCAGACAGAGAAGCCUGGCAAAGAGGAAAGAUAUGAACCUGAACUUCAAUAUCAGAUUAUAUUAAAUGGAGAAGAAGUCAUUCUUUCCCUACGAAAAACUGAGCACCUCCUGGGUCCAGACUAUACUGAGACAUAUUACUCACCCAGAGGAGAGGAAAUCACCAGAAGCCCUCAGAUCAUGGAACACUGCUACUAUAAAGGACAUAUUUUAAAUGAAUGGGAUUCUGUCGCCAGCAUUAGUACUUGUGAUGGGCUGAGGGGAUACUUCACACAUCACGAUCAGAGGUACAUGAUAAAGCCUCUGAACAGCACUGACCAAGAAGAACACACCGUCCUCACACACAACCAGGAGGAGCUAGACCCCACUAACCUUACCUGUGGUGUAAGAAAUGUUGGCAGGAAACAGGGCCAUGUCCGAACUUCAAGGUCACUCAAAAAUCCAGAGAAAGAAGACUUUCUUCAGGCUCAGAAAUACAUCGAUCUGUUUUUGGUGCUGGAUAGAGCCUUUUAUAACAUGCAUAAUGGGAAUAUAACUUCGAUAAGAAGCUUUGUGUUUGAUGUGAUAAACCUACUCAAUGUGAUUUAUAAUACCAUAGAUAUUCAAGUGACCUUGGUAGGUAUGGAAAUCUGGUCUGACGGUGAUAAGAUAAAGGUGGUACCCGAAACAAGGGUCACCUUUAACAACUUUCUGAAUUGGCAUCAAUCUAACCUGAGGAAAAUGAAGACCCAUGAUCAUGCUCAGCUAUUCAGUGGAAUCAGCUUCAAAAAUGGAAUUGCAGGAAUGGCAGCCUCGAAUUCCUUGUGUUCCUCAUCAUCUGUUUCUGUUAUUGAGGCAAAGAGAAAGAAUAGAGUCUCUCUUGUAGGACUGAUGUCACAUGAGUUAGGUCAUGUCCUCGGGAUGCCUGAUGUUCCGUAUGAUACCAAAUGCUCCUCUGGGAGUUGUGUAAUGAAUCAAUAUCUAAGUUCAAAAUUCCCCAAGGAUUUCAGUACAGGCAGUCGCUCACAUUUUGAAAAAUACAUUUUAUCUAAAAAGCCGAGAUGCCUGUUGCAAACAUUAGUUCCUAAAAAUAUGAUGAUGAAACCAGUGUGUGGAAAUCAGCUUCUGGAAGCAGGAGAAGACUGCGAUUGUGGCUCUGCUAAGGAAUGUAACAACCCUUGUUGUGAGGCCACGACCUGCCUGCUCAAACCUGAAGCUGAUUGUGGAAAAGACACUAAACCAUAACAUAGAGUGAAUCCAAAAACCUCUUUCAUUGAGACACCACUUGCCAGGACAAGAAUCAAGAAAUCUAAACCUGCCAAGAACGUCUCAUAUUUUCACCCGUGUUUUUAGAUAUAUUUGCUUUUCACUUGUCAUUAUAUUUCCUAUAUUUUUACCACUCCAGCCAAAAGGGAAAUAGAUGUAUUUAGAGAAGCUGACUCUUUUCUAAGCCUGGUCUUCAAGGUAUUUUUAAGGAUUGUGAAGUUCUUGCUUAGCUCUACUCUCUGGAGAACAAAAGAAAUUAGCCUUUAAUUAAAACACCUCAAAAUGCACUGCGGAAUUAUGCCAGUUCAAAUCAGAAUUAUAUAGUUCCCAUUAUAGCUCAGUGGAUUCAGAAUCCGACUGGUUCCAUGAAGAUGCGGGUUCCAUCCCUGGCCUCGCUCAGUGGGUUAACAAUCCGGCAUUGCCAUGAGCUGUGGCGUAGGCUGCAGAUUAGGCUGGGAUCUGGCAUUGCUGUGGCUGUGGCACCGGCCAGCAGCUGCAGCUCUGAUUCUAUCCCUUGCCUGGGAACCUCCACAUGCGGUGAAUGUGACCCUAAAGAUAAUUUUUAAAAAAUCAGAAUUGUACAUUGUGUUUUAAUCUCAAUUGGGCUAGCCCAUGAAGAAAUAAGGCCACUGGAUGAGUGAGGUCUUUGGUGGAAAAAAAAAAAAAUCAGAGUUCAUGUGUCAUUUAUUACUCCUCAGUAUUCUGCUUGCCUGACUCGUAGAUGUGUGGUAUUUUUCUAUGUCAUGUCAAGAUGAAUGAAACAUUUUUAUUUUAUCAUGUAUAAUCUUGUCACCAUCACAUAUACUGUUGGUUUUGAGAAGCCUGCAUGGCUCGCCUUGUAAUUUAGCCACCAAGAAAUGCUUCGAUCAUCUAUUGAUUUCAUGAACCACACUGUCAAUGAAUAAAAUACCGCUUUUUGAGAA